GCUAAACCCCCUCGUCUCAACCAAUACAACUCCCAGGUCGCCCGCCCGCCCACACACGCCGACCGACUGACCGACGCGACACGCUCCGAAAGCAACACGCCUCUACCGCCCCCGCUUCCGCCCUCCCUCCCUCCCAUACCGCCUCCCGACGCAGACGCAGACGCAGACGCAGACGCAAGAACCCCACCGGGCGACAGGCGCAGGAAACCCAUAGUAGCGCGCACGCUCGUCGCUCAGGAGUGCGAAGCGUAUUGGGGACGAUCGACGGGAUGGUGUCGUCGGCGCUGGACGCAAUGUCGGGGACGGCGUGGGGGCGGUGGCUGGGCCUCGUGGCGGCGGUGUGGGUGCAGUGCAUCUCGGGGAACAACUACACCUUCUCCAACUACUCCGACUCCAUCAAGACGCUCAUGGGCCUCACGCAGCUGCAGCUCAACGGGCUCUCCGUGGCCAAGGACGUGGGCAAGGCGUUCGGGCUCGUGGCCGGGCUCGCCUCCGACCGCGUCCCCACCUGGCUCCUCCUCGCCAUCGGCUCCCUCGAGGGCUUCCUCGGCUACGGUGCGCAGUGGCUCGUCGUCUCCCGCGCCGUCGCGCCGCCGCCCUACUGGCAGAUGUGCGUCUGGCUCUGCCUCGGCGGCAACAGCACCACAUGGAUGAACACCGCCGUGCUCGUCACCUGCAUCCGCAACUUCAGGGGGAGCAGGGGCCCCGUGUCCGGGGUGCUCAAGGGGUAUGUCGGGCUGAGCACGGCGAUUUUCACCGACGUGUGCUCCGCGCUCUUCGCCGACGACCCGGCCUCGUUCCUCGUCAUGCUCGCCGUCGUGCCCGCCGCCGUGUGCGCCGUCGCCAUGGUGUUCCUUCGCGAGGGCCCGCAGGCCGCCGCCGCCGCGGGCAGGCAGGAGGAAGAUGACGCGAGGGGAUUCACCGCGAUAAGCAUGCUCGCCGUGGCCAUCGCGCUGUACCUCCUGGCGGCCGACCUCACGGGCACCGGCGGGGGCGGCGGGGUCGUCUCGACCAUCUUCGUCGCCGUGCUGCUGGUGCUCCUGGCGGCCCCCGUCGCCGUGCCGGCGCACGUGGCGUUGAGGUCGUGGAUGAAAUCUCGGAAGGCGCCGAACGCGGACGCCGAGGCGGCGGAGGCCGCGGCGGCGGCGGCGGAGUCGACGACCGCACCGCUUCUACUCGCGGCGGCGCCGGCGAAGGGGGAGGAGCGGAAUGGGUCGGAGGCGGAGGCGCGGGGCCCCGGCGAGAGGCCGCGGCUCGGUGAGGAGCACACGAUAGCGCAGGCGCUUGCGUCGAUGGACUUCUGGCUGCUGUUCACCUCCUUCCUGAUGGGCGUCGGAACCGGGCUGGCCGUGAUGAACAACCUGGGCCAGAUGGGCUCCGCCAUGGGCUACUCCGACGUCUCCAUCUUCGUCUCCAUGACCAGCAUCUGGGGAUUCUUCGGCCGCCUCGCCUCCGGCACCAUCUCCGAGCACUUCAUCAAGACAAGAGCAACGCCGCGGCCGGCAUGGAACGCGGCGUCCCAGGUGCUGAUGGCGGCGGGGUACGUGGUGAUGGCGCUGGGCAUGCCGGGCUCGCUCUUCGUGGGCUCUGUUGUCGUCGGCAUCUGCUACGGCGUGCGCGUGGCGGUGACCGUGCCGACGGCGUCGGAGCUGUUCGGGCUCAAGCACUACGGCCUCAUCUACAACAUCCUCAUCCUCAACCUGCCGCUGGGCUCCUUCCUCUUCUCCGGCCUCCUCGCUGGCCUGCUCUACGACGCUGAGGCCACCGCGGUGCCCGGCGGCGGCAACACCUGCGCCGGCGCGCACUGCUACCGCCUCGUGUUCGUCGUCAUGGCCGUCGCCUGCGUCGCCGGGUUCGCCCUCGACGUGCUCCUCAGCCUCAGGACCAGGAGGGUGUACGCUAAGAUCCACCAAGCGAAGAGCAGGUCUGCCUCCGUGCAGAGGGUCAGCUAGCCAUUCUUCUCCCAGAAAUGCAACUUGUCGCGCAUUAGCAUUCAGUGGCAUUUUCGAAGAAGAACUGAAGAACAGUGUACGGAGUACAUCGGUAAGGGGAUUAUCCUCUGAAGAUUCAUGCAUGCCUUCAUUCUUUGGGCAAAUAUGGAUUCCAUUGGUAUAUGUAGCGUGCUGCCAGGGAAGUUCAUGGCGGCUGAUUUGGGUGGAGAAAUUGUUUCGUCAGCUGUAGCAGUAGUGUACUACUGACCGAGAAGGCUGCACUUUGCGUAUAGCUUUCCCCCCUUCGGUUUAUUAGUGCGUACCCUGCAGAGAAGCUUUUGUAAACUUGUAGUGGUUGCAUUUGUACCUUACAGGAUAUACGUGUGCCCUGGGGACAACGGUGUAGUGGUUGUACAUUUGAGCUUGUUUGUCAUACGAGCUCGCAUCAAUUCAAAACUACGAUUCUUGAAUA